CCCCCGGCUUACGGAUCCGACGCCAACCUCCUCCCCCGCUGCGAGCAUUGCUGGGCCUACUUCAACUCCUACUGCGACCUCGAGCAUUGGGCAUGGACCUGUGCCCUCUGCGGCACCCUUAACGGACUCUCCUCUAAGGCUAUUGCUCGCUUCUCCAAUCCUGAGUCCUGCCCCGAGAUGAUGUCCUCAUUCAUAGAUCUCGAGCUUCCCGACGAAGGCUCUGGAGGGGAAGCAAUGCAAGCUCGUCCAGUAUAUGUUGCAGCCAUUGAUCUGUCAUCUUCAGAAGAAUUUUUGGAGCUCACCAAAAGUGCAUUACUGGCAGCUUUGGAAGCUCUUGGGCCUGGUUCACUUUUUGGACUUGCUACCUUCAGCCACAAACUAGGUCUAUAUGAUGUUCAGGGUCCCAUACCCGUUGUGAAGAAUGUCUUCAUUCCCCCUGAUACAGAGGGUGCGCUGCCAAUUGAGCUUGAAGAUGUAAUGCCUUUGUUGCAGUUUUUGGCACCGGUGGAAACAUGUAAGGAUCGCAUUGAGGCUGCUCUUGAAACACUUCGACCGACAACAUCAUGGGAGAGAACCACAGCAGCAGGUCAAGGAAUAGAUGGUAUAUUGAUGGGUGGGAGAGGUUUUGGUGUGGCUAUGGAAGCACUCCUUAAUUACCUUGGAUCAGAAUAUGGAAGCAUAUUUGCAUUAGCUAGAGUUUUUGCUUUCCUAUCUGGCCCUCCUGAUUAUGGAGCUGGGCAACUUGACACAAGACGAUAUGGGGAGCAAUAUGCUAGUAAAGGGGAGGAUGCCGACCGUGCAUUACUUCCUGAGCAGACCCCAUUUUAUAGAGAGCUGGCUACAGUUGCCGUUCAAGCAGGAGUUUGCGUAGACAUAUUUGCUGUUACAAAUGAAUACACAGAUUUGGCAUCCCUAAAAUUUCUUAGCAUUGAAAGCGGUGGCUCACUAUGCCUCUAUUCGAGUACUGAUGACUCAACUCUUCCCCAGGAUAUGUAUCGGAUGUUAAGUCGGCCUUAUGCUUUUGGUUGCGUAUUACGAUUAAGAACUUCUUCUGAAUUCAAGCCAGGCCGUUGUUAUGGUCAUUUUUUCCCAGAUCCACAAUAUGAGAAUGUUCAACAUAUUAUCUGUUGUGAUUCUUAUGCAACAUACGCAUAUGACUUUGAAUUCGGAAAUAAUGUUGGAUUUUCAAGGCAUGCUUCUGUGUUUCCUAUUGUGCAGAUUGCGUUCCAGUAUACUGUUGUUGUGCCUCCUGAGGAGCUUUCUAGUUCUGUUCCAUCUAGUAGAACUGAACAUUCCCUUAAACGAAGACUAAGGAUACGAACUAUACAGUUUGGCACUGCUCAAAAUUUUAAUGAGCUUUAUGACAGUGUUGAGCCUGAGGUGGUUCUCUCAUUGCUCGUUCACAAAGUUAUAUUAGCUUCUUUGGAGCAAGGUGUCCGAGAGGGCAGGGCUCUACUUCACGAUUGGCUUGUAAUUCUUACCGCACAAUACAAUGAGGCUUAUAAGCUUGUUCAUUACAAAAAUGGAGCAUCAGGGACCUCUCUCACUGAUGUUGUAUUCUCUCAGUGUCCGCAACUUCAAUCUCUACCCCGCUUGGUUUUUGCUUUACUUCGGAACCCUCUCCUUCGUUUUCAUGAGGAAGGUAUCCACCCCGACUAUCGGAUCUACCUGCAAUGCCUUUUCAGUGCACUUGAACCAAGUUCCCUACACUGUGCUGUGUAUCCAGUGUUGUCAUCAUAUUCUACCCCGGACAUUCAAGCAUAUCCGCGUCACUCGUUGAGUCGUGCUGCACUGAUUACUAGUGGCAGUCCAAUAUUUUUCCUAGACGCUUUCACAACUCUGAUUGUGUUUUAUUCUUCUGCCGCAGACCGUACUCUUCCAUUUCCUCCACCUCAGGAUUGUUUGUUAAGGACUACAAUUAACGAACUAAAACAAGACAGAUGCAUCACCCCAAGACUCAUAUUUAUCCGGGGAGGUCAAGAUGAUGCUACGGCUUUCGAAAACUAUCUUAUAGAGGAACAGGAUGUCGAUGGAAGCGGCCUCACUAGUGUCAUGGGUUUCGUUUCCUUCCUCGAAGAUAUCAAGCAGAGUGUGUUGGAAUAUCUGAAAUAGACUCGUACUGCUUGGAACCCGUCUUUCUCAGCAACGAGACGUGACAAUGCAUGCUUAAAAUGUCCCUGAUAUUUCAACUACUCUCGAGUCUGACCAAUGAAGAGCCCAAAUCCAAAACCGAGGGAAGGGAUCUAUACGAAUACUUGCUAGAUCAUUUUGGUGGAUGCUAUACAAAGAUAAUUUUCAGGUUCUUACUUCUUGCUACAUCUUUAUUAAAGCAAUUAACAGGUCUUCAAUAAUUGCCUAUAUUUUUCCUGUCUGAACGUGAUAAAUAUAUCUAUGAGACUAGUUAGAAUUGUGCUCAUUAGAUAGUUUUUUCGGUUAUGAAAGGAUCAGUUGUUUGGAGAAGGUAACUAGUUUUUCUUCGAUCAUUUUUGUAGAUAAUUUGAUAGAACUUUAUUGUUAUGAAAUAAUUGUGAAGAAUAUUUGCUUGGAGAUGUUGAGUUGUUUAGUCCUAUAAAUGCAUGGUCAUUUCUUCA